AUGGGGCUCGCUAGUGUGGGGCAGUCAGACUCAUCAUCAGAGGCUGAGCGAAACAACGCAUCAUCUUCGCGCGUCAGCAGAUCCGGCCCCACUGGGAAACAGGCAGCCAUACAAAUGCGAACCGUCACCAAAGCGAAGCAAUAUUUCACGCCAUCAUCCUACGUAUUGUCGAUAUACACGGACUCGAUGGCCGGGACAGCAAAAGAUCCUUUUCUUGACACAGUCGCCCGCUGUUCUCUAUGCUUGGACCUCAAUCCAAGGUUCCUGCGUAGGCAAUGGCGUCGCUUCGGAAAGCUUCCUCCAAUCGACACUCAAUAUGGCUUUACAUUGAAGAAAUUGGCUAAAAGCGCAGAACUAGACUCGUGUGGAGGCUGUCAGCUUCUCUCAAAAGCCGCGGCAUUAAUCACCGAGGAUGUCGACCUAACGUUCGCGAAUGCCCAGUUGGAGUUCUAUGACGAGGAUCCAGGGAUCCAGGGGCUCUGCAUUAGACUCACUACAUUAUAUCCCUCCUGCGCAAGUGAAGCUGAUUGGGAGAAGGCCAAAGAACACCCGGACCUCACCACCGAUUUCUUGACUGGCCCCAGCAAGCGGACUCCCGAAAGAGCUCGAGAAUGGAGGAUAUCCUCGCCUAUCUACGAAAUAUUCUGUGAUGACGAUAAACUUGAUCCGAUAGGAGAGGCCGUUUUGCGACAAACCCAACGCCUCGGAAAUACAGGCUCGGAUGAGGCAGUUGCAUGGACUAAAUUGAGACUUCACGAGUGCGUCUCGCAACACGCAAAAUGCAAGUUGAGCAGCUGCCUGGGACUUCCAGUUCUCCCCACUAGAGUUCUAGACCUCGGAGAUUCGUCUGACGGCGGACCUUCCCUACAAGAUCCUCUACUCCUAGCCACCGGCGGCAACAUGCGAGGCGAAUAUGUUUGUCUGAGCCACUGCUGGGGGCCGCCAGAAAGCAAACCACUAGACACAAGGACGGAGACAAUGAGUAUAUUUCAGACAGACGGGAUUACAUGGUCUGAUCUCCCGAAAACAUUCCAGGAGGCCGUUUUAUUCACACGAAAGCUUGGUAUUCGGUAUCUCUGGAUUGAUUCUUUGUGCAUUAUCCAAAAUGAUGCCGAGGAUUGGUUUAGGGAAGCUGGCAGGAUGGCAACGACUUAUGAGAAUGCAACGCUCACCCUGGCUGCCGCAGCAUCUUUUAGCAGCCAAGAAGGCCUCUUUCGCAAAUCGGCGCCAAGUUGGUGCUUAGAAGGGGCCACCUACCUGCGAAGAUGUCCCGAUCCUGCUUUCUUCGAACACCAAUAUACCAGGAACCCAUUCUUUUUAGACCGCGUCGCGCCACUUUCGAGGCGGGCUUGGGUACUGCAAGAGCGUCUCAUUUCCCGUCGUUUAUUGCAUUUCACGCCACUGGAACUGGUAUUCGAAUGCUAUGCGGACAACAAGACCGAGUCUGGAUAUGGCUGGGUCGACUCUACGGUCAAACACAUGCUGAACGGAUUCAACGCACCUGAGCUGGCAGAUGCUGGCUCUACGACACAAGAGAUGGUUGUGUCAACGGAGACGUGGAGAAGUCUGGUCAAAGACUUUACUCAUCUACAACUGACUCGCCAUGAAGACACUUUGCCUGCAAUGGCUGGCCUAGCAAAGAAGACCAUGGCAUUGAACGGGUAUUCAGAAAAUGACUAUUUGGCUGGUCUGUGGAGGCACACCUUCGUGGAGGACAUGAUGUGGGAGAGGGUACCCAGCUUGGGAGCUGUAGACCGGAUCAACAAGAAUAUCCCCACCUGGUCAUGGGCACGAGAUGACAAGCCAAAGUCUUUUAUCGACCAAGGUGGGGAAAGUCUGGUCCAAGUAUGUGACCUAAUUGAGGGCGACUGUGCGCCAGACGCUGUUUCUGGCAGUUCUUUCUUGGGUGUCCGGCACGGAGCGCAUGUACUCCUUUCUGGAUACUUGCUUCCUGCACGAGUCACCAGUUUAGGCAUUGCCAUCGACGAGAACCCAAGGAUGCAGUAUUGCCCAAGCAAGGACUAUGACUGGUCAUCAGAUUCCUCGGGCCGGGAGCCUGUUAAGGAGGGCGAUCGUGUGUUCGCCAUGCCGCUUGUGUUUCGUUCCAGCUUUCAUGGUGCCGAGGGAUAUGGAGUCGAUGUCCACGCCCUCGUACUUCGUCCUUGUCCGGGAAGGCAGUCAUAUUGUCGGAUUGGUAUAUUCUGGUCAACGCUCCUGCAUCUCGGUCGCCAAUACGAUUAUAUUCUCGAGGGUAAUGACUUCCUGUUGAGUGCUUUGGAGAAGCACACAGCAGUCGGCGAAUCAAUCCUCAACGCCGAAACUACUCCGAGCGAACCCAUCACUUCAAACAUAUCACUUAGAAACGAUGAUGAAGUCACACCUUUGCAAUAUAGAAACGCUGAAAACCAUACACUUCUAACCAUGUACGGUCCCAAGGAAGUCCGGCAGACACAGAGCCUGAAAGGGGCGGAUAGUAAAUCAUAUAUCGAAAUUUUAAGGGGCUUGUUGAGAACGGAGAAUGAUAGAAUACAGGAAUGGAAGCAACUCAAAGAGCGCGGACUCGAGCAGAUGCACCCGAGGUCAAUGAUCAGAUUGGAAUGA